ACACUCUGUUGACGGUUGGUUGGCUCUGCCUUCGCGCAGAUUGUCUCAGAUGAAAUCGUAGGCAACAAUGGCUAUCAGCGUAUCAUCUUCUCAUUUCUUCCUUCGAAACCCUCCUAUUCUCUCUUCACUUCCUUCGGUCUCCUCUUUAAUCGGAUUGAAGGGUUGGGGUAGGACCGUGCUGGUGCGUCCGGUUCAGUGCUUGCCUUCUGGGCCAACCCCAGAUUCAGAAUCGGAAGCUGAAAGGGGGUCGUCUUCGUUCUCUUCUUCUUCUUCGACAAGCAUUUCUGCAUACAAAUGGUGUGCAGGUCUUGGAAGUGUGGGCCUUCUCGAAACAGCAUACUUGACUUUCCUCAAGCUAACGAAUACAGACGCAUUUUGCCCGAUUGCUGGUGCUGGGGAAGGUUGCGGCGGUGUCCUCAACAGCGAGUACGCCAUUGUUUUUGGUGUUCCUCUUCCAUUGAUUGGUAUGGUUGCAUAUGGGUUGGUUGCAACACUAGGUCUACAGUUGGCUGGAAAGAACACACCUUUCGGAAUCAGUGAAUCCGACACUCGUUUGAUUUUGCUGGGGAGCACUACAUCCAUGGCGGUCGCCAGUGGGUAUUUUUUGUACAUUCUAAGCACCAAAUUUCCGGGAGCAUCAUGCUUGUACUGUAUAAUGUCAGCUCUUUUGUCAUUCAGCUUAUUUUUCAUCACUUUAAAGGAUUUUGGGCUGCGAGAGAUGCAAAAAUCAGUUGGCCUGCAGCUGUUAGUUGCAAGCUUAGUAGUUAUUACCCUAAGCGCCUCAUAUAGUACUGCUCAGCCUGUCUCCUCCAGUAACAGCCAGGCUGAGGUUGAGUUGCAAUUUUUUAAAACUGAGAUAACAACACCGUCAAGUCCUUUUGGGCUUUCUCUUGCAAGGCAUCUGCGAUCUGUAGGAGCCAAAAUGUAUGGGGCCUUCUGGUGUUCACAUUGUUUAGAACAAAAACAGAUGUUUGGGAGGGAAGCAUCAGAGCUGCUGGACUAUGUUGAAUGCUUCCCUGAUGGUUACAGGAAGGGAACUAAGAUAGAAAAGGCAUGUGCAGAUGCUAGAAUUGAAGGGUUUCCAACUUGGGUGAUUAAUGGUCAGGUUCUUAGUGGAGAGCAAGAAUUGUCGGACCUUGCAGAGGCAUCUGGAUUUACAAAUACCGACUCUAUUCAGCCUAGUUAGGCUCAUCAAUUAUGUUCCCAGUAGUUGAGCGUGUACAUCCUUCUUCUUUUUUCACACGAACCCUUCUCAAUAGCCAGUUAUUCACGAGAUAGGUGAAGAUUAAUCCAAUAAUCUCAAAGGCAUAUGCAGCUGUUCUGUCAGGCCCAAUUUGAUGCUUUAUUGAUUAUGUGUACUUAACAUCGCUUGGCAUCAUGUUUGCUUCAGGUUGCCUUUAUGUGAAACAAAACUACUUUGAACUAUUGAAGUCUCUGGUUGACAGUAUAAAUUGUCAAUGAAGGGCAAGCUUCAACA